AUGCCUUUAGAUGUUGCAAAAAGUCAAUCAAAAAUAGGCUUUAACCCUAUUCUGGGGGGUAAUAAGGGUGAUGUAACUGUUGUUCCUUGGAAAUUUGAUCAAGAAAAAUGUAGGAAGGCUUUUUGUCGUAUGGGGAUUGUUGAUGAACUUCCUUUCAGCUUUGUUGAAAAGAAAGGUUUUAUGAAUUUUAUGAAAGUUGCACAACCUUUUUUUCGAAUUCCUUCACGUAGAACUGUGACUCGGGACUGUUUUGAUCUUUUCAAUGAUGAAAAACUUGAUAAUGCUAGUUCAAAUGAUGUGACGGUGAAGGAGCUUUCUAAGAAGUUAACUAAAUGGGGGACCAAUUCUAUGAAUG